AUGUCCUUCAAUAAUCAGUCUUCUACCGGUGGUAUUGAACACACUACCGAGUGGAUUUUGAUCAGAGAGUUACGCCAGAGCAGUCACAGUUUCAGCCCACCCGGAGUUGUUGGAAACACUGGCCGCACACGAACACUCAAACUCCGCAAUGCCAUCAACGACCUUGAGUUGCAGAUUCGACGGACAUUUACCAUCCUUCGAUUUGACUUGCUUCUUCAUUUGCAAAAUGAAGUCAAAGGCGAUGCCCCAAAGGCACAGAUAUACAAGGAUUCUCGCCAAGACAACUCGGACGAGGACACCGACGACGCGUCUUCACAGUCGAGCGCGGAGCCUCAUGUCGAAGAUUGGCCUAGUCAUGGCUUAUGUCAGGGUUUCGAUUCUAUCCAACCGUCAGUUGGGGAAGCACGGUCACGUCUGGAGCAGCUGUGCAAAUUCCUCGAGACUCGAGUCAACCCGAAUUUGAGCACUCCUGGGCAAAGAGACAACAGAUCUGCCAAAUAUCCACGGCUCACACAGCUUAUCGAAACGAUCAAACAACUAUCCUCUUUCCCUACCACAGUGGACCUCAUCCCAACUGCUGGGUCUAAGCCGAAGCCGUUUCUCUUUAAUGUCGCCGAGGAUGAAGCCACUGCAAAGGCCUUUGUAGCUUUUACAGACCCAAGCCAAAAGCGACCCCCGAAAGAAGUCCGAAACCAAAUGACUGCAGAUGCUAAAGAAAUGGCCCAAUUCUUCCUUUCAUUCAACAGCUUUGUCGACGCGCUGCAGAUGUCGGCAGGCUCCCUGGAUGUCCUCGCUUGGGAGCCUACCACCAAAAGACUGACCUCGAAAGAGUCUUUUGCUUCAUUUUCUCUGCUUCGGAAAUUCCAAAACCAGACGGAAGCUGCCUGCCGUGCUGUGUUAUCGCACAUCGGGCUCUGUACCCACCCCAAACAUCAGGUUCUGCUACAACUUCCGGGGUGGGAGGAGGUGUCUGAUUGGGAUUCGACAAAGACCACAGCGAACCUGCCAGUUCCGCUCUUCUUCACCAUGUGUUUUCUCGAGAAGAAACAAGCCCUGCAGAGAAUGCAAGACGACACAGAGUAUGGUUCGCUUGAAAGAUGGCAACAUGCUAGAAUGUUUUUUCUGCAGCCAGAGCACGCUGGGAUUUACAGGGAGAAAAAACUCUGCGAGGCACUCAGGUUUUCGCAUCAACGCGGGAUGGACCUGGAGUUCUACGUGUCCGAAUAUUCCAAACCUGUUGUUCCAGCUAUGGUGCCAAUUCAUAUACCGUCAAGAAUGCAGCAAAUGCGAAGAUAUGGGAAAAGCUUCCCAAGUCAUAGUCUAUGGAGUCUAAUCGAACAGGGCCGACUCAGGAAGGAAAUGUCUUUCAACCUAUGGUGGAACACUUCCUGCGUGGGUGGAAAUAUUGAUAUCGAAGAGCGCAAGACCCUGGCCAUCAAGCUGGUUCUCGGCUUGAUGUUAUCUUUGGACUCAGAUCACGUUUUCGAGACCUGGGAUCCCAAGCAGGUUCACCUUUUGGAAUCUGUAGACACAUACACGCCUUUUGUUUCCCUUCCUUGCAACGCAAGUUGCCCCAGUCAUCAGAAAACCCUCUCCUUUUCUGAUAAAUACUCAUUGGGAAGCAUUGACGACCUUGAUGAGUCGGAGCCUUCUCUCCAGUUUGUGCUACUGGCCAAGGCUCUACUGCAAAUCGCCGAGGGGGAUCAUCUCGCUGGCUUAGGAGUGAACAAAGAUUCCAGUACAGUCUCUUGGGAUGCAUGGAAUCGGUUCCGAGAAGCGAUCGAAGGCUACAUCCGAAGAGCAACUUGCGGGGCAGAAGUCGAUCGCGAGGUAUUGCCCUUUUUACAUGCCGCCCUGGGCUGCCUGGAUUUCCAUACCGAGUACCAGAGCCGCUUAAUGGAGAAUCAGUCAAGUCAGAAGAUGGAAGCCGCGUGGCAACUGGUCUUUGACACCAUUCUCAUCAAAAUUGACGACAAGUUGACUCUGAAGAGCAUAAUCGCCUCUACCAAUCCAUCUUUCGCCCAGGAUCCAACGCCAGACCCUCCACCUUUUCCCGGACAUGAAGUUGUUCAGCAGGCCAUGUCUAACAGUGGCAAUGGUACUCUCCAGAGUUCUUCGAACACCACUGUUGCCAAGAGAGCUCCGAUUAGACAGCCUUCUCUACCAUCCGCCGAACCGAGCCAACCCAACAUCCAAUUAUUUGACACUAAUCUGGCGAUGGGAUCUUCGACUGCGGAGGAGUUUUGGGCAUGUCUUGAAACAUUCCACAAGUCUUACGCGCGUUUCGUGAACGAUCGCAGCACAGAGUCUGGAGACGAAACUCCACGAAGAGUCCGCAUAGCAGUCAUUGACACUGGAGUUGACUUUGGUCAUGCGGGAAUAGCGGAUGCCAAGGAAAAGGGCCGUAUCAGGGAGGAGUGGUGUCACAGUUGGGUUGGUGCCGAUGCAAAGGACGAAGACGAUGAGUUGCACGGAACCAACUGCGCCUAUCUUCUGCACAAGUCAGCCCCCGAGGCUGAUAUAUAUAUCGAAAAGGUGUUCAAUCAGAAUGCUGUGAGGUAUUAUGAAGCUAAGAACAUAGCCAAGGCCAUCGAGCACGCUGUAAGCAAAUGGGACGUGGAUAUCAUUUCCAUGUCAUUUGGGCUUACUCGUCCAGCUUCUCGAGACGAUGGAGACGAGGUAAAGGAACAGUCGGCCUUGGAGACGUACAAUAACAUCGUGCACGAGGUCGAGGCGGCGAUUCGAAAGGCCCCACCACGUCUGAUGUUUGCAGCCGCUUCCAACAGUGGGAAGAACAAGCCACGGGCAUUCCCAGCCAGGGACAACCCUUACGUGAUUUGCGUUCAUGCGUCAGAAGGGAACGGUCAAGACGGCGGCAUCAACCCCGAAAUUGGGAGUGGUUUCAACUUUAUGACACUGGGGAUGGGCUUGGACCUGAUGAAAAGAGAGAAUAUCGUGAAGAAUCGGAGAGCCCUGGCGAGAUACAAGAGGGUAGUGAAGUCCGGAACGUCCUUUGCAACCCCCAUCGCGGCGGGCAUUGCCGCCACAGUCCUCGAUCUCGCAGCCCGCGUCGAUGAGAUCGAUGAAAGGGUGGAGGAGAAGCUUAAAAGACCAGAAGGGAUGGAAAAGAUGCUGAGACUCAUGUCAACGCCGAAGGGGGAUGUGAGGGACCGGAUGUAUUACAUGGCACCAUGGCACCACUGGACACCUGGUUGGGAGCGAGAGGAGAGGAGAAGGAGAUGGGUUUGGGACACGAUUAACUUGCAAUUCGACUAG